UGUUUAUUGUUCACAAGAUCCUGCAGGAAUGACCUUUCAUGCAUAAUUGUCACUAUAGUCAAUACCAUCAUCUGCUUACUGGGGAUUUUUGGGAAUGGUGUUGUCAUCUGGAUUGCUGGGCUCAAAAUGGUCAAGACUGUCAACACAACUUGGUAUCUCAGCCUGGCGAUCUCCGACUUCCUGUUCUGCCUUUUCCUCCCUAUAAAUGCUGCAUAUAUGGCCACCCAAAACUGGAUCUUUGGACUCUCCAUGUGCAAGAUCGCCUCCUUUGUAAUGUUCCUCAACAUGUUCAGCAGCAUCUUCCUGCUGGUCUUCAUCAGUAUUGACCGUUGUGUGUCUGUGGUGUUCUCAGUCUGGUCACGAAACCAACGGACAGUAAGGAAGGCAUUUAUCAUGGUUACCUUGGCCUGGAUUGUUUCCAUUGCUCUGAGCUCUCCUUCAGCAGUUUUCCGAAAAACUAAAGUCGAGGGAGGAAGAACUAAGUGCUACAAUAAUUAUGAGCUGUCCUCCAACCACUCUGCUGUUGUCUUCAGUCGGUUUGUGUGUGGGUUUCUGUUGCCUUUUCUGAUCAUUAUCUCUUGCUAUUCUGUCAUCAUUUGUAAACUUAAAAGCAGCCGAAUGACUAAGUCUUCCAAACCAUUCAAGGUCAUGUCUGCACUGAUAGCAGCAUUCUUCAUUUGCUGGUUGCCCUACCAUACAUUUAUUCUGCUGGAGCUAAACCAUAAUCACCAUAACAUUGAGUUUUUAAAAGCUGGCUUAACAUGGGGCACCAGUUUUGCCAGUGCUAAUAGUUUUUUGAACCCUAUUCUGUAUGUUUUCAUGGGCAAAGACUUCAAGCAUAAGUUCAAGAGCUCUUUGAUGUCAAAAAUAGAGAAUGCAAUGGGGGAGGAAUUUCGUACGACCAGCCGUUACUUUUCCAGGUCCAGUGCAAUGGAUGGCAGAGCCUCCACCCACCUCUGAGGCAAGAGGCUGAGGACUAUUUACAGGGGGCAGUCAUGCGCCAUGCUGAUGCAUUGACGCCUCUCAAGAUGUGGUUACCUGCAUCAAAGGCAUCUGCCAGACAGACUCAGUCCAUCUGAAUUCAAAAUUCAUUCAUUCAUGGAUUCAUUUUCACAUCCAAGACAGAAAAGACCAUGGAAUGAAAUGACCAGUUUAGUACAAUGGGGAACAUAGACAUACAGUAGACUGAACUUAAAUGAUGGAAAUAAACUGUAAAAAUUAGGAGUCACAGACACUUGGCAUAAUGCACAAUGGAGUUACUCUUGCUAGUGCAAACAGCCUAAAUCCGUUUGUAUGCAUUUAUAGGUGAAGACUAUAAAAACAAAUUCUGGCGAUCUCUGUCAUGCUAAACUAAAAGUGCACUUGUUUAGAAAACACAGACGACAAACAGAGGGGUCUCUGGUUCUCGUUUUUCGAGGAUGUGGUUGGCCAAAUGAAGCCAUCAGGUUCCCCUCGUGAUCCUUUCCCACCUUGAUUAUUUUACCUUGAAAUUUGGCCUAGCAUAGGGCAAACUGUUUUGGCCAUUACUAACAGCAGUCUGUCCUCUGUUGUGGUUACUGCUAAUUUUAAACACGCAGUAGUGCAGUCACUGCUUAGGAAACCUGACCUUGUCCAUAUUGUGUUGGCGAAUUACAGGCCUAUUGCCAAGCUGCCUUUUUUCUAAAGUCUUAGAGAAAAUUGUAUUUUGUCAACUAAAAUCUUUUCUGGAUGAGAACAGCAUCACAGAGGUUUUUCAGUCAGGCUUUAAAACCCUUCAUAGCACAGAAUCUGCAUUAUUAAGGGUCUUAAUGACAUUCUCCUUGCAUGUGAUUCUGGUAACCAUGUGAUUCUGGUUUUGCUUGACUUAACUGCUGCCUUUUAUACAGUCGACCGUAACAUUUUGUUAUCACGAUUAAAUCACGUAGUGGGCAUUGGCGGCACUGCACAUAAAUGGUUUAGGUCUUAUCUGGCAAGUUUCUGUGAAACUUCACAGUUUUGAAUUAUCAGCUGCUUCCCUGUUAUCUGGUGUCCCACAGGGCUCAAUUUUAGGGCCAUUGGACUUUUCCCUGUAUCUACUGCCUCUAGGUUCCAUCCUUAGAAAGCAAGGGAUCUCGUUUCAUUUUUUCCCUGAUGACAUGCCAAAUUUAUUUAUCGUUGAAACAGAAAGAUGCACUCCCCAAAAAAACAGUUUUGGUAUGUCUAGAUGACAUUAAAGUUUGGCUGGCCACGAACUUUUUAGUGGUGUUUGGACCCAGGGGCCCCUGUGAGUCUCCCCCUGUUGAUUUGGGACACUUGGCGACGUAUCGUAAACCUAUUAUUGUUGAUCUUGAUGUUAAGUUGGACAGUGAUUUUUAAGUUGGACAGUCAAAUUAGAGCCAUGGUUAAGUCUAGUUUUUACCACUUACAGUAAAGCGACUAUCCAGUGUAAAACCUUUUCUUUCUAGGCAGCACUUUGAAACAGUGAUCCAUGCUUUUAUUUCAUCCCGUCUGGAUUACUGUAACUUACUUUAUGCAGGAGUCAGCCAGUCAUUACUCUCACGUCUGCAGCUGGUUCAAAAUGCCGCUGCACGACUUUUAACAGGCACUGGUAAAAGAGAGCACAUAACCCCUGUCCUGGCCUCACUCCACUGGCUGGGGUCGUUAUAGUCAAUCUGUAGUCACGCUGCAUAGUGGAUGACCGCUGGCACUGUUGAAUCUGGACUAUGUUUCAUUAACUAUCAAGCAGGCUGCAUCUCAGUUACCAUUGUCAACUUAACAUGGUACUCCAGCUAGCAUCGCAAAUCAAACUUGUAGAUGAUAUAAGCUGGGGCCGUGGGGCACCUUGUCUCAGGAUGUCUUUAUUAAAAUAACUAAGGCCUUAUUGUUUAAAUGUGUAUUUGAUGCAUAAUGCUAAAUGCAGCUUACUAGUUCCUAUUAAAUGUAAUUAAAUAAUCAUGUCCACCUUCUUUAAAAUAACAAAAAUAUAUCUUAAAUUCUUACACCCCUGCCUGAGUCCACAGUUCCUGAGUCCCCUUCCCUUCCAUGGCUUAUGAGAUAAGAAAAGCAGACUUCUGUUUGCCUGGUCGAUCAUUUCUAGCUGCUAUUUAGGUUCUUCCUCAAAUCAUGUUGCCUAAAUGACUUAUAUCACACUAUAAUCCGCCAUUUUGAAAUGGGAUGUCUGCGUGAGUGCGCAUGUGCAAGAUCGAGGCCAUCUCGGACAAUCAUUUCAGCCAUGUUGUUCAAACAGGCCGGUCGCAUGUACCAGAGCUGCGGGACUCGCUCAUUUCACCUUUUACUGUAGCUACCGUCGGACUUAAAGGUUAUUCCUUCUAAAAGUUUGCUGUUUAAAUGCUUUCUUCAACCUAACACUGAUAAAUACCGCUAAAGUCUUUCUUUAAACAUGCUGGGUAAAUAUGAGUUUAAGUGCUUUCUUCUUUUAAAACGACAUGCUGUAUGUUAUUUGGUUUCACUUUUGUUUGUUUAAACUCAGCUGUUUCGUUUUGGGCAUGUUUGUACUGGUUUAAGUUCCGCCUGCUUUUCUUUCUUUUAAAAUAAUGCUAAAGUUUUUCUUCUUUAAAACAUUUAGUUUUUUUUCUUCUUUUAAAAUACGCCGUGGCGCUUGUGCCUACUCCUAACAACCCGUGGCUGCUGCUGGACGGACGCCCGCUGGACGUUUAUGCACUCUUAUAUUCAAUCCUGCUAUGUGUUUUAUUAUUCCUUAAAAAACGUAAUUAAAAAUAACACAUUAAUAAAUACAUGUAAUGUAUUUUUAUUCUAUUAAAGUUUAUCGGCAACCCUUAUCUCCCAAACCAUAUGGCCCCUAUCGGCAACAUGUGGCAUAAGCAUGUAUGAUAUCAUAUAUGGAGAUAACCCCUCGACCAAUCAGAAUAAGGGAUACGCCCCCCUCCCGCUUAUGACAUCAUAGAAGUGGGGAGCAUUAAGCUCCGCCCAAGGUACCAACUAAUAUUUUUUCCCAUUUCCCUGAGGUGCUUUUGGAGGCAUAUUGUUCAGCGAUGUUUUCUGAGACAGACCUUGGUACUCGCAUCCUGGCAGCAAGGGUAGACCUCAACACAGUCGGACUUGUGGAACCUUGUGUUGCUUCCCUUGUAAUUUCACCUGAUGAGGCCCUCAGUAGAGCAUUUGAUGAACUUCUAGGAAGAGCCUAUAGGGCUACAGUGUCUUUGGGCAUGAUUUGCAAUACCUUGGCACACCUGAUGCAGGCCAUGCAUUCUUCUGCCCCCCCCUGCAGAUGCAGCAAUGGGUGAAUUAAUGGACGUCUCCCUCUGGUCACUGGGUGUUAUUGCGAGUGAAUGCAGGCAGGCCUUGGGCUUGCUCAUACAGGCUAGGAAGCAGAUGUGGCUGGCCCAAUACCUGCUGUCAUAGCCCUGCUGUCAUAGUUUGAGGGCCUUGCCUUUAUUUCCAGGCCAGAUCUUUGGACCAGCAGUGCAAGAGGCUUUGGAGCACCAUGUGCUUGUCUAAUACCCACAACCAUCUGACUGGUCAUACUGCUUUCCAUUAUUUCCCAGCUCAGCAUCCUGCUUAGCCUCAGCCCCUGACUGACUGGAGUCAUGCCCCAGCUCAGUAGCAGCAAUCUGCCCGCCAAGAGCCUCACACCUUUAGGCCUGGUGGGGCCUCUGUUUACUAGCACCCUCCCAAUCACACUAAAAUCACCUGUCAAAGCCGUUGAGUCAAUGGCAGGCCGGUUUACCACCUCUCAGCUCCCAACCAUUGGACGGAAAUCAUGUUGAAUUGCUGGUUUUAUUUCAUGCUCUCAGAGGGAUAUAAUCUCCAAUUCUGCCAUUGACCUCCUGUGCGACCUGUGCUGUGGUGCGACCUACAGUCGUCUGCAAUCUGGGACAAAUACAGGCCCUUCAGCACUCGUCUAACCCUGCCUUUCGUGUCUCCUUCCCAUCUAGACAGCAGUUGUUGCUGACCAUCCUGUGUUCUUCCCUGUUGUCCUUCAAGCCCAUAGUGUGUUUCCCCAGCUCCCCACACUGCCACAUGACUCUGUGGGCUGAACAUGCAGCUAUAAACCUUUUGGUCAUGAGUUUGAGGUCAGCCUCUUCUGUUUUUUAGAUUUUGUUCCCCAAUGUUUCUUUUCUAUUAGUUUACUUGUUCUUAGUUUGUGGUUAUGUAUUAUUUGUCUUUGUUAUAUUCCUAUAUACUCGUUCAGCUGGAUGUAACUGUUGACGAUUUGGCCUGAUCCUGGAUCUGUCGGUUUUUCUAAAAUCUUGCUGGAUGUACGUGUUGUCAUAGCAGCACAUCCAAAUCCUCAAACCUGCUCGGAACAGGUUUGUUCUGUGUAAACCAGGAUUAGUUUGCACACGUAAUCAGUGUCCGUGCGUUGAAAUCCAAUCAGUAAUGGCCUCACCCUUCAUGGAUGAGCGACUAAUUGAUAUCGGUGCGCAAAUUUUAAGAAGAGAAUUUCAUAUAGAGAGGGUUUUGCACGAUCGGCAAGAUCCUUUAUUGCUCCUAGAGGAAAUUCUUUUUGAAAGGUACCGCUUUAGCCGAGGGGGAAUAUUGUACCUCAAACAUUUAUUAGCACCUUAUAUUCAAAGUCAAACUAGGCAAAGUAUACAGUAUAUACAUAAAAUAAAUGUGUGUGUGUGUGUGCAUGUGU